CUUUCUGAAAAGAAAAAUGCCGGGGCUGGAUUACUGAAGAACUCUCAACCUCUAAAAAAAAAAAAGAGAAGAUUUUAUACUUAUAAAAACGAAACGCGAUGCAGUGGAAUUUCUCUUCGCAUUCGGUUAAAUUUCAGUUUCCCUGUUGAUACUUAAUUUUUUUCCGUAUAUUUCCUUUUUGUUUCGUCACAAUGUCCGGCGAAACGGCAUCGUCUUCCGGAAUCAUCUUGGAAGGAAUUGAUGAUGUGGAGGACUACGUUUGGGCCAAUGAAGGAGUGGGGUUUUGGGACCGAUAUCGUCAUGUUUAUGAUCAUGUGGAGAAUGGAAAUCAAGCAUUCCGAGAGAAUCGUUUUGAAGAGGCAAUCAACAAUUACACAAGGGCCAGUAACAUGAAACCUGGUGAUCCUAUUAUUCUUGGUAACAGAAGUGCUGCCUACAUGAGGAUUAGUCUAUUUCUGAAACACAGAUCUCCGACGGCUUCUGAAUAUAGACCAUUGAGUGGGCUGGAUAUGACCACACUAGCUGAACUUGCUCUUAAGGAUGCUGAGAAGCUAAUGAGCUUGCAGAAUGAUGCAGUGAGGUCCUACAUCCUAAAGGCCAAUGCUCUCAUUUUGUUGGAAAGAUAUGAGAUGGCACGGGAUAUUAUUCUUUCUGGCCUUCAAGUUGAUCCUUCCAGUAAUAUUCUCCAGGCUUCUCUUCGGAACUUAGAGAGAAUGCCAUCUAGUUUGAUUCGGACUAGAGGCCAUGAUCGGCUGGAACGUACUGAUGACUUUGAUUGCACACUUUGUCUGAAGUUACUAUAUGAGCCUAUAACUACACCCUGUGGGCAUUCUUUCUGUCGUUCAUGUUUAUUUCAGACAAUGGAUCGUAGCAACAAAUGUCCAUUGUGCCGAACAGUGCUCUUCAUUAGUCCUAGAACAUGUGCAAUCAGUGUAACGCUAAACAACAUCAUACAAAGAAUCUUCCCUCAAGAAUAUGCUGAAAGGAGGUCAGAGCAGGACAGUCUGAUAAAUUUUGGUAAUGAUCUGAUUCCUCUUUUUGUCAUGGAUGUUGUCAUCCCUUGUCAGAAGUUUCCGCUCCACAUAUUUGAACCACGCUACAGACUUAUGGUCAGGAGAAUAAUGGAAGGGAAUCACAGGAUGGGAAUGGUCAUCCGUGACCCUGCUACAGAUGCAAUUGCUGAUUUUGCUUGUGAAGUGGAGAUCACAGAGUGUGAACCUCUUCCUGAUGGACGCUUUGUUUUGGAGAUUGAAAGUCGACGGAGAUUUCGCAUCCUCAGAUCCCGGGAUCAAGAUGGAUAUCGCAUGGCAGAGGUUGAGUGGGUACAAGACAUUCCACCAAGAGACGCAACUGAUAGAGAAGAUUUGCAGGAGUUGACAAAUAAUGCAGCAGCACAUGCUCGGUCAUGGUUAAGUACAGUAAAAGCAUCAACACGUGAUCGAAGAAAGCUUGAGGCAAUCUAUAAUGUCGAAGCAAUGAUGCCCAAUCCACAAGAUCCAGAGCGGUUCAGUUUCUGGCUGGCUACUCUGUCUAAUCGGAGGCCUUCAGAGAGAUUAGAACUCCUUCGAAUCAGAGACACAGCAGAGAGGAUAAGGAGGGGUCUAAUAUACCUGGGAGCAGAAUCACCCGGUUGUAGAGUACAAUAAGUCAGUUGUAAUUUUCUAUCAAUACAUUUCGCACAAUAUUCUACCUUAUUAAUUUAAAUUCCAUUCAAUAUUCUUUGGGGCCGCAUAAUAAAAGAUGGUGUGCGGAGCCCUUCUUUUUUGUUGUAAAAUCAAUAUAUUUUGAACCCAAUUUCGCUAAUAUCGGUUGUAAUAAAAAUAAUAGUAUGAUGAUUAUUUGUUUA